UCCCACAACCAGUUCCAAGCGAACACUCGUGCGGUGGAGACGGUGUGGAAUAAAUAUUUUGGAAAGACUUCUACAAGCGCCGUGUUGCUGCCGCUGUUGUUGACUGUUUACGGCUGCCGACGCUAUACUCAACAAUCAUUUUUGUGCUGUGCAAAAAAUUCAUACAACGAAAUUAUAAUAAAAGCGAUAAAUUCCUGCCGAAUCUUUUGCCACUUAACUCUAGCCUGCAGCAAAGCAAAAGCAAGUAGCAAAAUUAUUAAUAGUUAAUUGCAAGCAAAAAGCGUCAAAAUUGGUUACUUAACGAAAACCUCGUUUGUGCUACACGAAGGCAACAGACAGGACGACAUGGGGUUCAGUUCACGCAUGGACUGCUGCGGGCAGUUCGUCAAAUACAGUUUGUUUAUUGCAAACUUUGUGAUGUUUGUGGGCGGCGCCAUUGUCUUCUGUCUGACACUGUGGACGCUGGUGGAUCGCAGCUUUGUGAAUGAGCUUUUGGGCACGAAUCUGUUCUCUGGCGCUGUUUAUGUGUUGCUUGUCACCUCGGUCAUCAUUUGCCUGGUCUCUUUCCUAGGUUGUGUGGGAGCCGGCAAGGAAGUCAAAUGCUUGCUCUUAACGUAUUUCAUAAUCGUAGCUUUGGUUUUCGUGACCAUGCUAAUUGGCGGUGUUUUGGGCUACGUGUUUCGAGAGCGAGUGCAGCAGACCAUGCGACAGGAAAUGCGAUCAACCAUGGCAUUGUAUGGCGGUCGCCGUGAGAUUACACAGGCCUGGGACUUGACGCAGGAGCGUCUGCAGUGCUGCGGUGUCGACACCUGGCAUGACUGGAAUCGUUAUGGCCCCGUGCCGGAGUCGUGCUGUCAGGAACUGUUUGGCGGACAGCGCAAGGAGUGCACCAUCUUUCCCACCAUCACGAAUCUGCACAAUCAGGGUUGUCUCUAUGUGGCGACAAACUUCAUCCGAGAUCAUGCGGCUGUCAUUGGUGGCACAUCGAUUGCGGUGGCCAUAUUGAUGAUCUUUGGCAUGAUAUUCUCCUGUCUGCUAUUCAAUAUGAUAGAAUAGCGCCACGUUGGAGGAGCGAAGAUGACAAAAGGCAACGCUCCGAGUGAAACCCAUUUGUAAUGUUAUCUUAAGAGUAUUAUCCGAAUGUAUGAUAUGUUAGAUCCCCUCGUAAACGUUAAGUCUCUCCGUUUGUAUUAUGUAAUUUUAUAUACUGUAUUUUUGCUUGUAUGUACUUUAAAUAUGUACCUAGCGUA